AUGCCAUCAACACCGCCCCCACACGACGGCAACAACCAAAAUAACGCGACGACAGCCAAGAAGACAACAACCACCACAAUCGCAUCCUCACCCAAACGAACCACGAGUCCCAACCCCAACCCCAACCCGUCGGGGACAGCCAACCUCCCCAGACCUUCAACCUUCAACCCCUCCAACUACCCGUUCUCCUUCUCUUCCGUCUCCGGUAACCCCGGUGGUCCCAGUGAUGUCCCUAACACCAAUUACCCUAUCCCCUCCUCCACGCCCUCCCAACACUCCCAACCCUCCCAACAACCCUCCCACCAAACACCCCAACUAACACCCCAUCUAACACCCCACCAAGCCCGCCUCCUAACCACCUUCUACCACCACCUCUCCCACAACCUCUCCUCCUCCGUCCCAUUCACCCACCUCGCGCGCUUCUUAUCCUUCCCGCUCUCCAUGCUGCGCAUCCUUCGCUGCGCCGUCCCCCUCCUUGAACUUCGUGAAGCCAACGUUCGCGAAUCUGCGGUAAAAGAAAUCUGUCAGCAAGCUGUGGCGGAAGUGCUGGGGUAUCCCUUUGAAGGACCGAUUGUGGAGGAGAAAGUGGAGAGGGAGUUUAGGGAGGGUUGGGAGGCUAUGAGGGGAGGGGGGAUGUUUGCGGAGUUUUAG